AUGUCAGCAAACGAAACAUUUCAUGGUUUUAUUGAAACUACUACUGAUGCUUUAUUAAUCUUUGAAGCUUGCCAAAGAGGAAUGCUACCAAAAGUGACUCGUAGACUGCAAGAUCGUGAAAGAAAUUCUAUUCGAUCUGGAGCUGUUUAUGUUUUUGAUGAACGAGAAUCAGGUAUUAGAAGAUGGACUGAUGGAUUCAUUUGGAGCCCAUCUCGAAUUCUCGGUAACUUUUUAAUAUAUCGUGAGCUUGAAAGUCGCGAAACAUUGCACCAACAAAGAAAUAAACGCCAAAAUAAUAGUUCAAAUAACAAUAAUGAAUGUCAGCAACGCUCUUCUUCUGCUUAUACUUUAUCUAAAUACAGUUCAUCAGCUUAUAGAGAAGAGAAUAUCAGUAGCAGCAGUAAUAAUAAUCUAAAUCAAUUACAAUGUAAUGAAAAAGAAGAUACUAUCAAUAACAUUAGUACUAGUCAUAGUGAACAAGCUCUGAGUAGUAUGUUAAAAGAACAAAAUCGUUAUCAUCGUCAACAUAUUUCAAAAUCUAAUCUUAAUAGCAGAGAACGUUGUUUGAUAGGAUCCUUAACCGAUACCUACAGAUUUAAAAAGGAUGGGUUGAUUAAAAAGACCAUUAGCAUUCAUAUUAAUGGAACCACACAACAUCUAAUUAAUUAUUAUACAACAUCUGAUGUCCUUGAUAUAGUUAAAGAGUUAGUAACACCGUCAUCUAUUCCCAAGUUAUCAUCUCUUCAAAUAGCACCCGAGUUGAUCUUGAAGCAAAGCUUUAGAGUUCAACCAUCAGUUGAAUAUGCAGAACAUCAACAGUUUAUGAUUAUGAAAAAUCGUAAUGGCCAUAAGAAGAAGAGGCCUAGCCUAUCUCCUUCAUCAUCCAGCUCAACUAUGUCUUCCUCAUCAUCAUUUAGUAACUUAAUUCUCAAUGGUCCAAAUUCUCGUAAAAGAUUUGCUUUAGGUCAAUAUUCAAGUCAUGAAGGUUAUUAUCAGCCAAGAGUUAACCAUAAUUAUGAUGAUGCUUAUCUUGCAAUAGAACAUUCACGUAAACUUGCUAAUUUUGAGCCUAAUGGAAUUGAAAAUAACAAUAAACCACAUAUAAAAUCAAAGAUUGAAACUAUUACGCAUAUGGAAGACUCUAGAAGACGAGGUUCUCUUGGACCAUAUCAUUCAACUGCUGCUCAUUUGACACAUCAACUUACUAUACCUAUGGACACUAAUCAUAAUUUUCAUCCUUUGUAUUAUGAUGAACAAGAUAAUAAGCGUCUAUCAAAUCAAAAUACUUUACCCUAUCAUCAUAACUUUAUGAGCGAGAGUAGUGUUCGAGAAAACCCAGUAUCCGAAACGGGUUCUUCUCCUCAAAAUAAUAAAUCACCUUCUACUAUUAUCAGUUACAAUAAUGUAUUGUCUACUACUGCUACUACUACUAAUGAUGGCAACCAGCAUACCGCAUAUAACAAUGCAUUAGGCGCAUUAGUUCAUCAUCAUUCAACAAAGGAUAAUGAUACUUCUUCAAACUAUUAUCCUUUAUUACAACAACAAAACAAAAACAAUAUCACAUUACCUUUACUCCCUUCUCCUUCAAGCCUAGAAGGUUAA